AUGAAUCACCCUUCUCAUGAUCCUCUCUAUAUCAUAGUUACACUGCUUGAUUUCAUAUAUUGUGUGGCAUAUCCUAUCAACAUGGAGAAACUGUUUCAAAUGAAAACCAAUUUCCUGAAGUUUCUGACAAAACAACCUGCGACUUUAGUAGUAGCGUUUCAGAACCCAACUCCGAGUCCUUGUCGAUCACCUGCACGAGUGGUUUCGAUAAUUCCCAGGGAAGCGCGAAGGAAGCGCAAAGACGAGAGCUUUAGCGCGAGAGAGCCCACUUCUCCCAAAGUGUCGUGCAUGGGCCAAGUUCAGGGCAAGAAGAACAAGAAGGCCCGGAAGCAGAAAAAGGCCCAGGCCCAGAAAGAUCCAGCAAGAAACCUUGACUCUGUUGGUGAAUGGAAGAAGAUUGUGCUUUGGAUUCGCAAGGGAAGUAGUGAUGAGGGGGGAAAGCAUAAGGUGUUGGAAGAGAAGACAGUGGAAGCUCCAUCGUUGAAUACAAUGAAGAAAUUUGCCAGUGGGAGAGGAUCGUUGUAUGAUUUUGAUGUUACAAUUGCAGAAAGGUGA